AACAGUUUUUUCCUGUUUUGUCUUAUCCAUAGUAAAAGUUAUCCAAUGGGAGUGUGGACAUUAGGGGUGGUGUCUACAUCUUAUCAUUCACAUGUGUCAGGGACAGCCUACAUUUCAUAUAAAGCUUUAGUCAUAGACAGGGGCGGACUGACCAUUCGAGCACUCGGGCACUGCCCGAGGGUCCAGGGUCGGUAGGGGGCCCCAUGAGAUGCCCCUAGUACCUUUCAUAGGCUUUUUUGGGUGUGGUUUGAGUGUGGGUGAGGACACAGGGGCCCCAUGAUCCCCUAUUGCCAGGGGGCCUCAUGAGUUAUCAGUCCACCCCUG